GCAAAAGGUUACCCGCAGACGCUAUCAGCCACCCCAUCAGGCCAGGUGCGAAGAACAAGUCGGUAUUGAAUCGGACUCAGACACGGAGUCCACGGCCACAACGUGGACAUCUGGUUCGACAACCAGUUCCCUCGAUAUCAUCAACUCCUACUAUUACGAAGAAACAGGAGUGGACCUCCAGGGGCCAGACGGAUCGGAAACUUGCUUCAAACCGUUCCCCGAAGAAGAAGACGCCCAGCCAUUCUAUGAGUUAUACGAAGCCCUUACCACAGAACAAAA